GUCAAGAGCAGUCAGGCAAGUAGGGUUUCAGAUCUCUACCACUGUGACUCAACUGCUCUCUGUAUGACUCUGAGCAAGUCACUUAAUCUUAGGCCCAGGUUUUUCAUCUGUAGGAAAGAAUAAAACCCUCUUUUCUAGGCCCAGGUUUUCAUGAAAAUUAAACAAGAUGAUCUUUGUAAAGCACACAGUAAAGUUUCCAGCACACAGUAAAUUUUGAUAAAUAGUAAGUAUUAUGUCAGCAGAGUCUGGACUGAUAAUCAGUUUUUGUUUUAUCCUUAGGUGGUGUUUCUCUGAAAUGAAAUACAUAAAACGUUUUAUUUCAGAAAUUCCAUGGAAUUAUAGUUGGUACUAUUCUGCAAUGUCUCUAAUUGAAAGACAAAGUGAGGGCAGACAAAGUGAAGAACAAGUGAGAUAUCUGCAAGCCAACAGCAGAGAACUCAACUCUACAUUUGGGUAUCCUAACAAUACCAUCAAGACCUCAAGAUACAGUGUCUUUAACUUCUUGCCCCUGAACCUAUUUGAACAAUUCCAGAGACUUGCAAAUGCAUAUUUCCUCAUUUUGCUAUUCCUACAGUUGAUUCCCCAGAUCUCCUCCUUGGCAUGGUACACAACUGUGAUACCCCUGAUGGUGGUGCUGUCCAUAACAGCAGUGAAGGAUGCCAUCGAUGACAUGAAAAGACACCAAAAUGACAAUCAAGUCAACAACCGUUGUGUUCUGGUGGUGAUGAAUGGCAGGAUAAAGGAGGACAAAUGGAUGAAUAUUCAAGUGGGAGAUAUAAUAAAACUAAAAAAUAAUCAGUCUGUCACGGCUGAUAUGCUAUUACUCUCUAGCAGUGAGCCCUGCGGUCUGACAUAUAUAGAAACAGCAGAACUGGAUGGUGAAACCAACCUGAAAGUGAAGCAGGCCAUCUCAGUUACCAGUGACCUGGAAGAUAACCUCGGGCUACUGUCUGCCUUUGAUGGAAAAGUGAGGUGUGAGUCUCCCAAUAACAAGUUGGACAAAUUCACAGGAAUACUGAAUUAUAAGGGAAAAAACUACAUCCUGGACCAUGACAAGCUGCUACUCCGAGGCUGCAUCAUCAGGAAUACAGAUUGGUGCUAUGGCUUGGUGAUUUAUACCGGGCCAGACACCAAAUUAAUGCAGAACUGUGGAAAGUCUACCUUUAAGCGGACGCACAUGGACCAUCUCUUGAAUGUCCUUGUGCUCUGGAUUUUCCUGUUUUUAGGCAGCAUGUGUUUUAUCCUAGCAAUUGGGCAUGGCAUUUGGGAGAACAAGAGAGGCUACUACUUCCAGGAUUUUCUGCCAUGGAAAGAAUAUGUGUCUUCAUCAGUUGUCUCUGCUGUCCUCAUAUUCUGGUCCUACUUCAUUAUUCUCAACACUAUGGUGCCCAUUUCCCUUUAUGUCAGUGUUGAGAUAAUAAGAUUGGGCAACAGUUACUAUAUCAACUGGGAUCGGAAGAUGUUUUGUGCACCAAAGAACACGCCAGCACAGGCUCGAACCACCACCCUUAAUGAGGAGCUCGGCCAGGUCAAAUAUGUGUUCUCUGACAAAACAGGAACCCUGACUCAGAACAUCAUGAUUUUCAAUAAGUGUUCUAUUAAUGGGAUAUUCUAUGGUGGUGUCUAUGACAAGCAUGGACAGAGGGUAGACGUCUCUGAGGAAACAGAAAAGGUCGACUUCUCCUACAACAAACUGGCUGAUCCUAAGUUUUCAUUUUAUGACAAGACUUUGGUGGAAGCAGUGAAAAAGGGAGAUCGCUGGGUGCACUUGUUUUUCCUCUCACUCUCAUUGUGUCAUACUGUGAUGUCAGAAGAGAAAGUGGAAGGUAAGCUGAUGUACCAGGCUCAGUCCCCGGAUGAAGGUGCCCUCGUCACUGCUGCCAGGAACUUCGGCUUUGUGUUCCGAUCCCGCACAUCUGAGACGAUCGUGGUAGUUGAAAUGGGUGAGACCAAAGUCUACCAACUGCUGGCUAUUUUGGACUUCAACAAUGUACGCAAGAGGAUGUCUGUUAUUGUGAGGACACCUGAAGAUCGAGUAAUGUUAUUCUGCAAGGGUGCAGACACCGUCCUCUGUCGGCGGCUCCAUCCGUCCUGUACAUCCCUCAGAGAUGUGACCAUGGAACAUUUAGAUGAUUUUGCUGUUGAAGGCCUCCGCACCCUCAUGGUGGCCUACCGAGAACUGGAUAAUGCAUUCUACCAGGCCUGGAGCAAGAAGCACAGUGAAGCCUGCCUGUCUUUGGAAAAUCGGGAAGAUAAAAUGUCAGAUGUCUAUGAAGAGAUAGAAAAAGACUUGAUGCUGUUAGGGGCCACAGCCAUAGAAGACAAGCUGCAGGAUGGUGUACCUGAGACAAUCACCACCCUGAACAAAGCCAAAAUUAAGAUGUGGGUCUUAACUGGAGAUAAGCAAGAGACUGCUGUAAACAUUGCCUAUGCCUGCAACAUAUUUGAGGAUGAAAUGGAUGGGAUGUUCAUCGUGGAAGGCAAGAAUGAUGAGACUGUUCGGCAAGAACUCAGGUCAGCAAGGGUCAAGAUGAAACCUGAGUCUCUACUGGAAUCAGACCCAGUAAACAUUUACCUCACCACGAAGCCCCAUAUGCCCUUCAGAGUGCCUGAGGAGGUGCCCAAUGGCAACUAUGGCUUGAUCAUCAAUGGCUACAGUCUGGAUGUGAAUGAAACAUGGAGUCUACGCUUCCCAGAGCUGUAUGAUCCAGGCCAGCACAACCUCUAUUUCAACAAGAAGGAAUUUGUGAAGUGUUUAGUGCGUGGGAUCUAUAGUUCCUUCGUGCUGUUCUUUAUCCCUAUGAGGACCGUUCACAACUCAGUGCGCAGUGAUGGGAAAGAGAUCUCCGACUACCAGUCCUUCUCCCUGAUAGUUCAGACUGCCUUGCUGUGCGUGGUCACAACGCAGAUUGCCCUGGAUACAACCUACUGGACGGUGAUAAGCCACAUCUUCACCUGGGGUAGCCUGGGUUUCUACUUUUGCAUCUUAAUCUUCCUGUACAGUGAUGGCUUGUGCCUAACGUUCCCCAACGUCUUCCAAUUCCUAGGUGUGGCCAGAAACACUCUGAACCUGCCACAAAUGUGGCUGAUUAUUAUCCUCAGCGUGGUCCUCUGUAUUUUGCCUGUGAUUGGGUACCAAUUUCUCAAGCCACUAUUCUGGCCUGUCAACGUGGACAAGAUUAUGGACAGAAUUCAUCUUUGCACGAGACCUCCACUGCCACCCCCUACCCGGACCAAACUGAAACACACAAGUGCUCGUCGUUCUGCCUAUGCAUUCUCCCACAAACAGGGCUUUGGGGCCCUCAUCACUUCAGGGAAAACAAUGAAGGACAGGGUAUUCAAGAAAAACAGCUUUCCUUUUAAAAAGUAGAGGCCCUUAGGGAAACCCCAAAGGAAUCAGUCAUUGCUCUUCCUCCCUUGUAUUACACAACUGAAUAAGGAUGGAUUUAGAGCCCCGGGGAAACUAACAUAAACCUGCCCUUCUGCGCUCACUCCAGGGGCUCAGCCUCUUCCUUCCCUAGAAGGCUGUGCCCAGGUAAGGCAAGGAAAGGUAAAGAAAGAGCCUCCAGAUAUCUGUCAGAGUUGCAGCAUUUCAAGAAAAAGUGACGUCAGGCCUCCCUUCCACCAACCCUUCCAAGUUUUAAUCCAGACAAGCAAAUAUGGAAGUGGUGAGUGAAGAGGGGCAAUGUGGGAAAGAGAAAAAAAAAAUAUGACCUAAGAAUCUUACUUUGGGCCCUAUUUCCCACACCCAGAGCAACCAUAAACCUUGCCACGGCCCCACACAAACAUAUCCCACCCAGACACCCUUCUCAGGUUUAUCUGGGGGAUUCAGGGUAAGUCUUUUGCUGGCCCUGUGUCUCAAAAGAAGGAGGCAGCUAUGAAAAAUUGGUCAUAAAAAGCUGAAGGAGAGUUUCUGGAACAACAAAAAAAAGAGAAAGCUGGUUCCUGCCUUGAUAAGACAGCUCAAGAUUUUGCCUUCUUCCCCUCUCGUUGACCCCUUUUACCCAAGAACUGACACCUUUUCAGGCUUCAGAACUGGGAGAGGGAGACUGCCGGGGAUGUUUAAAAAUCUUUUCUUGAGGGGGUAUAAGCCACAAUUGAUGAACAUUUGUCUUCAUUCCAUAAAAUUACUUUGAGAAGAAAUUGUAUGUACUCGGGAAGUUGUUUUUGAGAAGUUUAUGGAAUAAUAAAUUGCUUAUUUUGG